AAUAUAAUAGGGUUGGCGUUAUAACUUAUAAUAGAAGAACCAAAAUUAAGCAGCCACCCUACUUUUCUAUACAAACCUACUUUUUUUCUUUUGGAUCAUCACAUGCUGAGAGGAUCCUUUGUUUUUAACACACUAAGAUUUCACUCUGUUCUGUGUUUAUCAGAAAAUCUUUCUCUCUCUUCUUUCACAUAAAUACUCACACGCAGGCCGCAUGCUUGUUCAGGCUCUCUCUACGUAGAGCCCUGAACCCUUUCAAAUUUUGUAAAAUCUUGAUCUUGAUUUUUGGUGAUACUAUAUUUAUUUGUGAUCUUUAAAGUUUUUGUCAAUUUUGAGUCAAAAACCCCAUCUAAAAUCUCGCUUGCCAGCUCAAAGUUUUUUUUUUUUCGCAACUAUGAUCUCAACAGUGAAGCAAUCGGCUGUUACACUCAAUGGGUCUGAUUUUAAUCGGUCAAAGUUCCAAACUUUGACUUCGUUACGCCGUUUCUCACUUUUGCCACCUUUACCGGCGAUGAACCCUAGCCAGAGCUCCGGCGUAUCUCUUUCAAAGCCUAUUUAUGUUUCAUCUGUUGAAAAGUUUGGAACUUUGAGGAGAUCUAAAGGGCAUGAUCAAGAAAAAAGUUGUUUGGUUAAGUGUAAGGCUUAUGAAGCGGAUCGGGCCGAACCGAUUGAUGGGCCCGAGUCCAAAACUGAGGUGGCGAGGAGGGUGAAGAUCGGUGUGUAUUUUGCUACAUGGUGGUUCUUGAAUGUGAUCUUUAAUAUAUAUAAUAAGAAAGUGUUGAAUGCUUUUCCAUUCCCUUGGUUAACUUCAACGUUGUCACUUGCUGCUGGUUCACUUAUUAUGCUCAUUUCUUGGGCUGUUAGAAUUGCUGAAACUCCCAAAACUGAUCUUGAAUUCUGGAAAACCCUCUUCCCGGUUGCAGUUGCACAUACAAUUGGGCAUGUGGCAGCUACUGUGAGCAUGUCAAAAGUGGCAGUGUCAUUCACUCACAUCAUCAAGAGUGGUGAACCUGCUUUUAGCGUUUUGGUUUCAAGGUUCCUCUUGGGAGAGUCAUUCCCUUUGGCCGUUUACUUAUCUCUAAUUCCGAUCAUCGGUGGUUGUGGUCUUUCUGCUCUUACAGAGUUGAACUUCAACUGGAUUGGUUUCUCGGGGGCUAUGAUCUCAAAUGUGGCAUUUGUCUUCAGAAAUAUAUUCUCGAAGAAGGGUAUGAAGGGGAAGUCUGUUAGUGGGAUGAACUACUAUGCUUGCCUGUCUAUGCUAUCUCUGUUGAUUCUCACACCAUUUGCCAUUGCUGUUGAGGGACCACAGAUGUGGGCACUAGGUUUUGAAAAAGCUGUCUCUCAAAUUGGACCCCAAAUCGUCUGGUGGAUGGCGGCCCAGAGUGUAUUUUAUCACCUCUACAAUCAGGUGUCAUACAUGUCACUGGAUGAGAUCUCUCCUUUGACAUUUAGUAUUGGAAACACCAUGAAACGUAUAUCUGUAAUUGUCUCAUCCAUCAUUAUCUUCCGUACACCCGUCCAGCCAGUCAAUGCUCUUGGAGCUGCCAUUGCAAUUCUUGGAACUUUCUUGUAUUCACAGGCAAAACAGUGAAGAGUGGAAUUUAUAUAUCGCGCAGGAAAGGUGUCGGAGAGAACCGUGAGGUGUUGAGAAAACGUAUCCCAGAAUCCUCAAUCUACCCUUACUUGAGGUGGAACAUGAAACUUAUUAGUAUGUAGAUAGCAAUAAUGGGUUAAAAAUUCAAAUCCUAUAGAGCUGCGAAGGCGGGUUUCCUUGUUUCGUUAUGCAUCGAACUUGAUAGAGGCAUUCAAAACUGUACCAAUAAACUGAUUACUUGGGUAAGAGUGAUAUAAAUUAGUUCAGUGAAGCAAAUUUGGUUUUUACAUCUUGAAUGAAAAGAGCACGAUUGGUCAUUC